AUGCCGUUCCGCAAGAAGGGGGCUGUGUCCUCGGCACCGAAAUUACUGCUGACGGCCGUGACUGUUAUUGGGAGCUUGUUUUCUCCCCACUUGUACGAUCAUGAGGAAACCCAAGCUCUCGCACACUGGCGUCAAGAUGUAUGGCAAAAUGGACAGGAAGAGCUUCAGCAAAUGGUAUAUGAUGAAACCCUACUACCCUGUCUUGAGGGCGAUAAUCUAAUCAAGAUUGACACAGGUGUCCUCGGAUUGCAGUGA